AACUUUCGACUUUAGUGAAAAAACUUUAAGAGCUGGAUCAUCAGAUUGGUAAUUUUAAAUUGUUCUUUAAGUUGACGCUGAGAAACCCAAACGGGAUCGCGAACCAUACAGUAAACCACGUGGUGUUGCUUUUUCGGUGGUAUUUCCCACACUCCAUCGGGCCCCUGAAGGCAGCUGCUUUCGUGUCCUACAACAUGGCGGCCCCGGAGCCCAGCCGCUGCUGUUUCUUCGUGCAGAAGAAGAAGCGUUUCUGUAAGAUGGUGGCGGGAAAAGGCAGAAAGUACUGCGGGGAGCACGCGACCAUGGAGGAGGACGGGGGUGGCAGCAGGAGGAUCGUCUGUCCUCUGGACCCCAAACACACCGUGAGUGAAGACAAACUCCAGAAACACUUGAAGAAAUGCAACUCCAGAGAGAAAGCCAAACCGGUUUACUUUGUCCAAAACAUCAACGCUGGAUCAGCUGAUGGAGAUGAGACGCUUCGACAGGUGAGUCUGUCUGAGCUCAGCAGGACUGAGUUGGAAACUCUGGUGGAUAAACUGAAGACAGCGUUCAAAGGACUGCAGUGCGAUCUAGAGGACAGCGUCCAGUCUCACCCCGCCCUCCACGACGAGCUCCACAACCCAAAGAAUGGAGACUCCGCCCACAAACACCUGAAGCAGCAGUCUUCCAUCUUAGGUCACAUGGAGGAGCUGGGGCUGCUGGGAAGGGGGCGGUGCUUUGUGGAGUUCGGAGCGGGUCGAGGGAAGCUGUCCCACUGGAUCCACGAGGCCCUGAAGACUUGCGAGCAUCUGAAGACCUGUGAAGACCUGCAGCUGCUGCUGGUGGAGCGCUGCAGCACCCGGUUCAAGGUGGACGGGAAACAUCAGGAUGCUGGAGUUCAGUUUGAGAGGCUGCAGGUGGACAUUCAGCAUCUGGAUCUAAGUAAAGUCCCUCUGCUCUGUGAGAAGAAACUGCCUCUGGUCGGAGUUGGUAAACACCUGUGUGGAGCGGCGACAGAUCUGGCUCUGCGCUGUUUGCUGGAAACUGCAGGACAGUCGGAGGAAGAAGAACCGCCCCAUAAACGCCUCAGACCAUCAGAACCAUCUGAGCCAAGGUCAGGAGGGGGUCUUGGAUCAGCACCAACAGGUUGUGGUCCUGGCCCAGUGCUGGGCCUGACAGUGGCACUGUGCUGCCACCAUCGCUGUGAUUGGCGUCACUACGUCGGGCAGCAGUUCUUUCUGCAGAGAGGACUCGGGGCGCGGGAGUUCUCUGCUUUCUGUCGGAUGUCCAGUUGGGCCACGUGUGGACUCAGACCGACCAAUCAGAGAGGAGAUGGUGAAGAGCACGAACCAGCAGAAGAGACAGACGCUGUGAAUGGGUUUCUGUCGGCUUCUGAACGUGAGCAGCUCGGCCGUCUAUGCAAACAGUUGAUCGACCACGGCAGGUGUCACUUCCUGCAGAUGAAAGGAUUCAGCAGCAAACUGACUCGUUACAUCAGCAGUGAUGUCACGCUGGAGAACGUCCUGCUGACCGCUGUACCCCUCACCCCCCACUCCUCCUGAUUGUUUGAUUGUAAGCUGCAAUUUUGAGUUUUAAGUUACAGGAAGUCAGACUGAACAUGCUCAGGUGUUUUCUGUUUAUAUUAAAGUGUUUUUUUCCUCAUGUACAUAAAACGUUUGCAGUCUUCCAACAAGUGACGUUCUGAGCAUGCUCACUAAAAUCUGCCUGUCACAUGGCACAAUCAUAGAUUAUUCUAUAGCUGGAAAACUUCUGGAGUUUGACUCGUCCUGCUUGUCCACUUAAAGUCUUUCAAAAUAAAAGCACAAGUGUGGCUUUGUGGAAGUGUCUUUAAAAGGGAGAAGCUCAGAAGAAGAAAAAAAGACAUGGGGCCGUAUUUCAUGCUGAGGAUUCGUCAUUGGACUCACCAUCGGACUCUGAAACAUUCAAAGAGAAAAUCGUGUCAGCUGAAAUCAACAAAACAUUCAAAUGAUGUCGGGUUGUUCCUCGUAUACGGUGCCAUUUCAGCCCCAAAGACAGAAAUGAGGGUUUGAUAUAAACACGGGCCAAAUAUUCUGUAUGCCUCCAUUAUUUUAGCCUAAACUGAGUCAGCGAUCUGAGUUCUUUAAAUCCAGACAAGCCCAACUUAGAAUAUUCUACACCACAUUUUUGUAUGAAAACACUUUUAAUGAUUAAAGUCUUUGUGUCGUGUCCCUGAAUUGUUAUGGAGAUCCCUCUGAAAGGGUCCCCUGAUUGGUCCUCUGGGACAGUUUCCCUCAAUUACAGUAUAAACAUGUU